AAGAAAAAAAAAAAAAAACAAAACGAAAAGCAAAAAACAAAAAAACGCUUGUCUUCCAUCUCCACUGGGCUCCUUCAAAGAGCUUCAGACUUCAAACAUCGUUCUCUGCAAAUCACGUCUUAAAUUUGAAGGAAAUUCACUCGGAUAAUCGAAUUUUAUUCUUUAUUAGAAUGAUCCGUUUCAUACUCUUACAGAAUCGGCAGGGCAAGACCCGUCUGGCAAAGUACUACGUUCCCCUCGAGGAUUCCGAGAAACACAAGGUUGAAUACGAGGUUCAUCGCUUGGUCGUAAACAGAGAUCCCAAAUACACAAACUUCGUUGAGUUCCGUACACACAAGAUAAUCUAUAGGCGUUAUGCUGGAUUGUUCUUCUCUCUGUGUGUUGAUAUAACUGAUAAUGAAUUGGCAUAUUUGGAGUGCAUACAUUUAUUUGUGGAGAUAUUGGAUCAUUUCUUCAGCAAUGUGUGUGAGCUAGAUUUAGUAUUCAACUUUCACAAGGUUUACCUCAUACUUGAUGAGUUCAUUCUUGCUGGAGAGCUUCAGGAAACAAGCAAGAAGGCUAUUAUAGAGAGAAUGGGGGAACUGGAAAAACUAGAGUGACAAAUUUCUCUGGCGAAGGCGUUUAGGUCUCCUGUUUUUGAUGGCUUGAGAUUCGUUUACCCAAUUAAUCGCAUGAUCCUCUCGUGUAACAUUAGAAACGGAACUAAAAGUUCUUGUUUUUUUUUGGAUCUCCAAAUUCUGUUUGUGUCAAUUCAUGUGUUAUACCAUAGGCAUAUACAUGAAUAAGGGCGUCUGUUCAGGUGGUUGUGAUUACUGCAAAUUUUUGAAACGUGUGAUUCUCUGUUUGUAUUUUUCCAAA